CCCGGGGGAAGCAGGGAGGGCGGAGGACUAGAGAGGUGAGGGACCCUAGGGAAGUGGCACUCCGGCGCCUAGGCGACGGGGCGUGACGGGGCUGGAAGGUGGCGGGAGGGGGCCCAGCCGGAGCCGGCGGGAGGGCCAGGCCCGGAGGCCCCCACCCUGGCGUGUCCGCCCCGGCCGCGGCUGAGGAGGAAGAGGAGGAUGAUCUCCAGAUACACUCGGAAGGCGGUGCCACAGAAGUUGGAGCUGAAAGGAAUAACAAAACAUGCUCUUAAUCAUCAUCCCCUUCCAGAGCAGCUGGAUGAAAUUUCCUCUACCAAUGACAGCCAUGAAAAAGACAUAAGUUCCCAAAGUGAGUCUGACAUCACACAAGAAUCACCUUUUACAUCAGCUGACACUGGAAAUUCAAGGUCUGCUUUUCCAAGUUAUACAGGCACAGGGAUCUCUACUGAAGGCAGCUCGGACUUCUCCUGGGGAUAUGGUGAACUUGAUCAAAAUGCAACUGAAAAAGUCCAGGCAAUGUUCACAGCCAUUGAUGAGUUCUUAUAUGAGCAGAAGUUGAGUGUACAUACUAAGAGUCUACAAGAAGAGUGCCAACAGUGGACAUGUAGCUUUCCUCACCUCAGGAUUCUGGGUAGGCAGAUAAUCACUCCAAGUGAAGGUUAUGGACUGUACCCUAGAUCCCCUUCUGCUGUUUCAGCUUCAUAUGAGGCAACACUGUCUCAAGAAAGAGAUUCUACUAUAUUUGGUAUUAGGGGAAAGAAGUUACAUUUUUCAUCUUCUUAUGCUCCUAAAGCAUCUUCCAUUGCCAAAUCCCCUAGCUUGUGUUCUAUGGAAAGAGAAGAGGAAGACUGUGUCAUCUUCUCUGAAGGAAUAAUAGAGGAAUACCUAGCAUUCGACCACACAGAUAUGGAAGAGGGGUUUCACGGAAAGAAAUCAGAAGCAGCUACAGAGAAACAGAAAUUAGGGUACCCACCGAUUGCUCCAUUUUACUGCAUGAAAGAGGACAUCCUUGCUUACGUGUUUGAUGACGUGUGGAGCAAGGUACUAAGCUGUAUGGAGCAGUUGACACGUAGUCACUGGGAGGGAUUUGCUUCUGAUGAUGAGAGUAAUGUUGCAAUCACCAGACCAGCUUCAGAAAGCCCCUGUGUGCUGAGUGAACCACAGCCUUUGGUCCUACCUCGAGUGCCACAGUCUAAGGUGCUGUCUGUCACCUCAAAUCCGAUGAGUCUCUGUCAAGCAGCAAGUGUUCAUCAGCCAAAUGUGAACGGUCUCUUGGUUCAUGGGAUGCCUCUACAGGCAAGAAAUCUCUCCCUAAUGGACAAGCUCCUAGAUCUUGAUGACAAGCUACUUGUGAGGCCUGGGUCCAGUACCAUCCUUUCAACUCGAAAUUGGCCAAAUCGAGCCCUGGAGCUUAGUACAUCAUUUCUGUCAUAUACAGUGCAGUCCGCCAGGAGACGCAAUCCCCCACCACGUACCCUUCAUCCCAUCAGCACAAGCCAUUCACGCGCUGGAACACCAAGACCUGUGGAAGAAAUCCUCAGAGGAUCCCGAGUCCCAGCGGCGGCUGACUCGCUCUCCUCUCCCUCACCAAUGCCCCUGAGUCGAAAUAAUCUGCUGCCACCUAUUGGCACAGCUGAAGCGGAACACCUGAGCACUGUGGGGCCACAAAGGCAAGCGAAAACCCAUGGCGAUUCCAGUCGAGCUCGAAGUGCAGUGGUGGAUGAGCCUAAUUAUCAGCAGCCCCAGGAGAGGCUCCUUUUACCUGACUUUUUCUCCAGACCCAACACAACUCAAUCAUUUUUGCCGGAUACACAGUAUCAUCGUUCAUGUGCUGUUGAGUAUCCUCAUCAGGCCCGACCUGGCAGGGGAUCUGCAGGGACAGGUGGAGCCAUGGCUUUCAUUUUAUAUCAUGUGGUUAAGACCCUGCUCUUUUCUAUGUUUAUUUUUCCUUCCUCCUGUUUUUUCUACAUCUUUGUAAAUCACCUCAAGUUUACUUUGGAAUAUGGGAUACAAUUUUUUUUUUUUUUAAAUAGAGGACAACUCUAUUGCACGAAGCCAAAAAGUUCCAGAUUUCUGUCUUCUCAUAUAUAAAUUAACCUCUUGCCACUGUGGCAAAGUAAACAGUACUCUGUUGGGUUUUUUAAUCUAAAAAGUUUAGGCCAAAUAAGUUAUUUUCAUAACAUUCAAACACUGUAUAGAUUUUAUUAUGUAGGCAAAACACAUAUUGCUCUGGAUUAAGCUGCUUUGGUCAGUUAACCUAGUAGGCCAAGGUAAGAAAAGAAAUUCAAAAUGUCAAGUCAUGCAAAGUCUGAUUCUAUCCCAUCAACUUUUUUUUAAUUCUACGUUAUAUUCUAUAGUUUCUAUUUUCAUAGCAGUGAUGGGAGAAAAUUUAAGGAUGUCUUAAUUCUUCCUAUAAUCUUCUCACCACCAUCAGGGUCAUUUUGUCAUGUUGUAGAUGAAAUUUAGAACUACCAAGCAGUUGAAAUGUUUCCUGUUGAUAAUCAGAUUAAUCAACAAGUACAUUAAAAAGUAAUCUGCCUCAAA